AUGGCCUCCCCCAGGGCGCAGGGCGACGACCCCACCUCCAGUCACUGGGACGACGACGGCGCGGAGACGGCAGGCUUUAAUGCCAAAAGGAAAAAGAAAGUAGCCAAGAUAUACCAGGCUCUGAACAGUGAUCCCACUGACGUGGCUGCCCUUAGACGCAUGGCUAUUAGUGAAGGAGGGCUCCUAACUGAUGAGAUGAGACGAAAAGUGUGGCCCAAGCUCCUCAAUGUCAACACCAGUGACCCACCUCCUGUAUCAGGGGAAAACCUACGGCAGAUGAGCAAGGACUACCAACAAGUGCUGCUGGAUGUCAGGCGGUCCUUACGGCGGUUCCCUCCUGGCAUGCCAAAAGAACAGAGAGAAGGGCUCCAGGAAGAACUGAUCGACAUCAUCCUCCUCGUCCUGGAGCGCAACCCUCAGCUGCAUUACUACCAGGGCUACCACGACAUUGUGGUCACAUUUCUGCUGGUGGUAGGGGAGAGGCUGGCAACAUCCCUGGUAGAAAAAGUAUCUACCCACCACCUCAGGGAUUUCAUGGAUCCAACAAUGGACAACACCAAACAUAUAUUAAACUAUCUAAUGCCCAUCAUUGAUCAGGUGAAUCCAGAACUCCAUGACUUCAUGCAGAGUGCUGAGGUCGGGACCAUCUUUGCCCUCAGCUGGCUCAUCACCUGGUUUGGGCACGUCCUGUCUGACUUCAGACACGUGGUGCGGUUAUACGACUUCUUCCUGGCCUGCCACCCUCUGAUGCCCAUUUACUUUGCAGCUGUGAUCGUGUUGUAUCGAGAAGAGGAAGUCCUGGAUUGUGACUGUGACAUGGCCUCCGUUCACCACCUGUUGUCCCAGAUCCCUCAGGACCUGCCCUAUGAGAUGCUGAUCAGUAGAGCCGGAGACCUUUUCGUUCAGUUUCCCCCAUCUAGACUUGCUUGGGAAGCAGCUGCGCAACAGCAAGCCAACAAAACGGCAGCCUCUACUUUCAAAGACUUUGAGCUGGCAUCCACCCAGCAGAGGCCUGACAUGGUGCUGCGGCAGCGGUUUCGGGGACUUCUUCGGACUGAGACUCGAGCUAAAGACGUCCUGACCAAACCAAGGACCAACCGCUUUGUGAAGCUGGCGGUGAUGGGGCUGACCGUGGCGCUUGGAGCCGCCGCCCUGGCGAUGAUGAAAAGUGCCCUGGAGUGGGCCCCCAAGUUUCAGCUGCAGCUGUUCCCCUAA